CUCAACAUAUUUAUUGUAAAAAAAAAAUUUUUAACAGUUAUGAUCUUCAGUUAAUAUUUAUUAAUAUACAAUUAUAAGAAGUACAUAAUAUAAAAUCAAAAAUAACUAAGAUAAUUCUUAUCUAUGUUUGAAACGUGACAGGGUAGCGUUGUCAUGGAAACGCAGCCAACAUGUUGUUAAGUCAGCAAACAUUUUUAGUAUUUUCGUUCUUUUUUAGCUGUUUAAUAAUUUAUGUUUAUAAAAGACAGAAAUCGAGACAUAAAGAAUGAAUUGUGACGAAGUAAAUAGCGAACAAUUGAUUGGUUGUGAGGAAAAUUUAAAUUCUGUUUGUCCAGAGUUAGAGGAAUGUCUUUCAAAAUUGAAAGAAACUUCACUGAAAGAAAAUGAAAUCAGGAAAAUACAAACAUCUGCUUUAUUAAAGAUCAAGAAUAUAUAUAAAGAGACUUUUGGAUCCAAUGAUAUUUUAGAAGAGAAUAUGAAUUUCAAAAUUGAGGAAAUUACCAACAAGAAACAUCAUUCUGAACAAAAAUAUCAAGAAUUUUACCUCCAAAAUCAAAAUUGUCCAAGUUUACAGUAUUUAAAAUCAAACUGCGAGGAUCUUUGUCUUCUUAAAAAGCUGCAGAAUGAAUUUCGGGACGUUAGUUCCUCUAAAAAUGGACUAACUGAUAAAUUUAAACCCCCUUACGUUGAAACUGUGCUAGAUAAUUUGAGGCGGGACCGUACCGGCGAUGGACGGUCGGACUUUUGUGAUGCCCACGAAACGAACGGACGUCUCGGUUCUGAAGACGACAAUAUAAUGAGAUUGUACGAGUUAAAAAAGUCCCUCGAAAGAUUAGAUAAAUUUGAUAAAGAACUAACAGAGAAGAUAAAUCAAACCUUUAAGAAUCAAGCCCAUCUUUCUAAUUCUUUAGAGGUUAAUGACGACGAUUUUGUUAAGUUUUGCGAACUUAAGAAGUCGAUAGAGAAGUUAGAUAAUUACGAUAAAGAACUAACUAAAAGGAUAAAACAGACAUUAAAGAACAAAGAAUUUCCUUUGAAGGAUGAUGAUUUAACCAAAAUUAAAUGUGAGAAGAAAGGAAGUUGGGAAACGGUAACAGUUCCUAGACCUUUUCAACUCACUCCGACCAGGAAGAAAGAAAAAUUGGAAGUGAGUGAGAAACUGGUGACGAAGUUCCACGCAAACCCUAUUCCCGAGAAUAUUUACAAACCAUCGUAUAAAGAAAUUGUCGAGAAACGAGAAGCAAAGAGGAAAGAGAGAAAGGAGCAACGUAAUCAAAAACUGAAGGCCAUGGUUAAACCGUUUAAUUUAAGUGCAACGGAGUACGAAAAGUGUAGAGAGGAAUCGCAGUCGACCCCUAAUUUUUUAGAUGGCAUCUCGUCUAAAGUUAGCUUUAAAGCGAAUCCCGUACCUCAGUUUGUAUAUAAUAAGACAUUAAGUGAAAAAAUGAAAGAGGAGAAUGCAGAAAGAAGUGCGAGAAUCAAACGUCGUGCCUUGAAAAUGCUCGAUCAAUCGUCCUUGCCAUUUUCCACGAGAAAUUGUAAUAUAACCAGGAGGUCGCAGUCCUGUUCUGAUCUCGGAAUGAUUAAAGUGGACGAAACUUCGGAUAGACAAAUCAAGUAUUCCGAUAUCUUUAAAGAGAAAACCACAACCGUGUGCCAACCUUUUCAUUUCAAGACGGCAGAAAGAUUUGCUGAAAAAGUAAGAAAAACAAAGGACAGGAAAUUUGUUUCUUGCGUGGCUUGCACUCCCCAGAAAAAUUUCAAAAGCUUUUCACCUAAACCAUUAAAUCCAUCCACUUCUUAUCCACUUCCAAAAAAAACCCUAACAACUAUCUUAAGAGAUCUUUAUAUCAGGAAACAAAUUGAAAUUAAGAGAAAUGAAAUGGAAAAUGAAUUUCAAAAAUUGAGAGAGAAACUCCAAAAGGAACAAUAUUUUUUUAAAGAGUAUGGUUGGAAGUUAAAGAUGUUAGACACGGUCCCGGAUACAAAGAAAGACAUCGAAGACAAAAUCAGAUCAAACAGAAAAUCAGCAUUACAGAGACAGUGCGAAUAUAAAAUGGAAUUAAAGAAGAUGCAAGAGAGAGUCCGUGACAGGCCGUUACUGGUGGAGAUGCAAACGAUAAUAUCCAAGCAGAAUCAACUGGAAAAGUGCUACCAGUUGGCUCUGCAGAGGGCGGGAAUUGACGAAAACUUCAUCAACGAACUAAACGAAAAGUACAAAGACUGGGAAACCUCAGAUUUGGAACCAGACGGAUCUGCAGCGGACGCCACUGACCAGGACGACACGUCCGCCUGUUCCAAUGCCAUUUUGGAGGAGAGCGAUGAUCAAAACUCACGAGCGUCGUUAACGUCCAGAGAAUCUCCUUCUAAAGAAUCGGUCAUAAAUAAUGAAGAUUAAAAUUGCUAUUUUCCCCACAAUCGUUUACUUUUUUUAAAUAAAUUUGUACAAAAAAUAGAGCAACAUAUAAAUUAUGAAAAUCAAUAGUAAUAUUAAAAGAUUUUAAUUACAGUCAUUUUGUUUUAGAAGUAAUGUUAUAACUUAUUGUUAUUUAAGGAAAAAUAUAAUAAAGUGUAGUAGAGUUAAUUUUUAUCAUUUGUCUAUUAUUAGUUUUUAUCAAUUAAAUGAAUUUGCAUCUUCAUAAAUCCAAGCAAUACCUUACGACAUAAACAAACCCGAUGAUUAUCUGUAACAAAAGGCAAAUCUGUCCUUAUCUUUGUCCAAUGAAAUUUCCCUCCGGAAACAAAUUGACAAUUCUCUUCUGUCAAAGACAAGUAGUUGUCUGAUUUUGCCCAUUCUCCGGUUGAACUAAUUGUUCCUUAUUUGUUACUUGGAGCAGCUCCUAAUGGAUUGUUCUAAAUAAAUGAGAAACUGUAAAGGAUGCAAUAGAGGAAAGGCAACUGACUACACUAUUUUUCCAAUAACCUUUAUGGUGGUGCAGAAUGUCAACUUUUUCAUUAGCAAAAUCAGAGAUGGACUUUGCCUACUUAGUCUUGUGAUCUUGUAAAAU